AUGGCUACUUAUCGAAGCAGAGGACUGAAUUAUUAUUUGUGCGAACCGUGUUUUAUCGAGCAAUUUGAAGAUGAAGUUUACAAAGUGAUACUUCACUGUAACUUGAUUUCAACAGAUGACAUAGUUGCAAUAGGAGUUUCCGGAGGAAAAGAUUCAUCUGCCUUGAUUCACUGUUUGACAGAGAUAAACAGACGCUAUAACUGUGGAUGGAAGUUUGUUUUAGUUGCUGUUGACGAAGGAAUUUUAGGUUAUCGAGAUGAGUCUUUGAAAUGUGUUGAUCAUAUACAAAAAAUGUACAAUUUACCGUUAAUUAUAGAAUCUUUUGCUGAUCUUUAUCAUGGCUGGACAAUGGAUAAAAUUGUUUCAGUGACAGGGAAUAAAAAUAGCUGCACUUAUUGUGGUACUUUUCGUCGCAAUGCGUUAGAAAUAGGAGCAAGAAAACUCCAUGCAACUAGUAUUGCGACAGGCCAUAAUGCAGACGACAGUUUUGAGACAAUGCUGAUGAACGUUUUCCGAAACGAUUAUAAAAAACUUUCGACUCAAGGGCCAUCAACCGCCUGUUCGUGCAAAAAAAAAUUAAAUUUACAAAAAACUGGUUUAACUCGGGUAAAACCAUUUUAUUACACAACACAAAAAGAAAUCGUUCUUUAUUGUCACUACAAUAAACUGAAAUAUUUCAGUACUGAGUGUAGUUAUUCUGGAGAAGCGUUCAGAGGAAAAGUUAGACAUCUUGUAAAAAGAAUUGAGGCUAACGAGCCGAGAAUUGUUAGAACAAUAUUAUUUAAUAAGUUUACCGAUGAUGUUUGUAUUUGUGAUGAUAUAAAUAGUAGUGAUCUUAAGGACUAUUAUCAUAAUUUAGAAGUAUAUAAAACCGUCAAUCAAACGUUGUUUGAUUUUGAAAAUAAACUUACAUUUGAAAAAUUAAGAGAGAUAUUAGAAAAAUUGUUACGUGUUUUUGAUACUUUAGAUCACAUUGAUCAUAAAAAAGACAUCAACGUAAUUGAUAUAGCUAUUGCUAAUGUUUUUACAUCUGCAGACAAUGAGGAAUCAAGAACUAUUGCCGAGAUGCUUUAUAAAACAGUUGUAACAAAUAUUGGCGUCAGAUCAAUAUUCAUGGUUAACGAAAAUAAUCUUAUAGUAGACGAUGAUUUUAUAAUCGAUGAGUUUAGAAUCAACAAAUUUUUAAAUAUUAUUGAAAGUUUACUCAGACCUGGAAAAUAUGAAGAUUCACAAAGUGGAAAGGCAACUAAAAAAGAUUUCAAAUACGGUUUGUACAAUAACAACACACAAUUUUUAAGUAAUUCAGGCUUGAAAGAUUGUAUUAAUAACACAUGUGAUUUCGCUGAACUACAACUUAUUCAGAACGAUCUUUUCCAAAAACAGGAUCAAUAUUCAGAGAUGGUUAUGCCUAUAAUUUCCGGAAGGUUUCUUUCCGGUGUUAACCAUAUAGGUAACAGUAAGAAUAAAGCUCUAGGUGUUGCCUCGGUGAUUUAUUGGUUACAUUUAUCGGAAGCACAUAUGAAGGUUUUCACAUUGGAAAAAGGCUUGUUGACUGAAGUUGAAAGCCGAAAUGGAAUAUUAAAAACAUUAAGUAAAAUAGCAAAAAUUAUGGUAGCUGUAGUCGGCAAAAUUUGA